UCAAGUUCCAUAAAACAAGGUCACCAGUCAAUAUUCAAAACCGUGUUAGAAGUUUGUGACCGAUACAAGACUCAAUAACCUCAACAAUUGAUAUCAAUUACUUGUAUUCCAAUUUUCCUUUACCGUAAAGUAGUAAAACCCUUUUGCUACAACCUUGAUUGGUACUCAGUCAUGACCGAGAAGAGGGAGCAAGUGCUGCCAUUAGCCCCGGCCUCUAUCGGGAUCGACAUCAAUGAAGAUGAAGACAUAUCGAUGGAAUUCAGACACCAUCACCACCGAAAGUGCAUCACUUGCUGUGGCUGCAUAACUGCAAUCUUCUUAACUAUAGUUAUGAUUAUGUUAGUGCUCAUGUUGACCGUUUUUCACGUAAAGGAUCCCGUGAUCAAGAUGAAGAAUGUAAAGAUUCAAGGAUUCGAUGCACUUGCGAGGCCAAAUAAUCUCGGCCAGGCAGUUAACCUAACAGUUGAAGCUGAUGUUUCUGUCAAGAACCCUAAUGUGGCCUCCUUCAAGUUUAGCAACACUACAUUAAGUCUGUACUACGACGGUAAUGUCAUCGGGGAAGCCCGAAUCGCAGCCGGCGAGGCAAGGGGGCGACGAACUGUUGAUAAGAACUUUCGCAUUGAUGUUAUGGAGGGUAAAAUAUUGAUUUUACCAAGAUUAAAAAGUGAUUUGGCUUCAGGGGUACUGUCUGUAAGUACCUAUACAAAAAUAAGUGGAAAGGUGAAAAUUAUCAACAUUAUAAAAAAGCAUGUCGUGGUGCAAAUGAAUUGCACAAUGACUGUUAAUACAAGUAGCCUAGCCAUUCAAGAUCAGAAUUGCAAGAGGAAAACAUCUUUGUAAUGUAGACAAUUUUUUUCCCUUUUUAUUAUUAUUUUCAAGUAAUUAAAUAAGUAGGGGGAAUGUUAUCAAGAGUGUAUGCAUAUGCAUAUCAUAAUUUACAUUUGAAUUUGUUA